UACCCGUUUUGCUACUUCCGUGAUAAUCUUUGUAGCUAGAUCAAUUUUUUCGCUUCUUCUCUUCUUCAACUCCAUUUUCUUCUGUACGUAGUUUAGGGUAACUUUUUUUUUGUAGACAAUGAAGGAAAGUGCGGGAAACCCUUUGCGCCUUCAAUCUGUGAACCACAUCUCCCUCAUAUGCAGAUCACUGGAAGAAUCAAUGGAUUUCUAUCAGAACGUUCUUGGAUUCUCCCCGAUCAGGAGGCCAGGCUCUUUUGAUUUUGAUGGGGCAUGGCUAUUUGGCUACGGGAUUGGAAUUCAUUUACUAGAAGCAGAGAACCCAGAAAAGUUGCCAAAGAAGAAGGAAAUUAAUCCAAAGGAUAACCAUAUAUCUUUUCAGUGUGAGAGCAUGGGGGCAGUGGAGAAGAAGCUGAAGGAAAUGGACAUUGAUUAUGUGCGAGCAACGGUGGAGGAAGGUGGGAUCCAAGUAGAUCAGCUAUUUUUCCACGACCCUGAUGGGUUCAUGAUCGAGAUAUGCAACUGUGAUAGCCUUCCUGUGAUUCCCUUAGCUGGUGAGGUGGCAAGAUCAUGUUCCCUUGUGAAUCUUGAGAAGAUGCAGAAUCAGCAGCAGAUACAGAAAAUGGUUCACCAACUCUGAGUGAGUGAGAAGCUUUUGUUGUGUGGUGAAUCCUCAUGGAUCACGAGGAUGUGCUGUUUUUUAAUGUGGUCGAGUUGUCAAUGUAUCAUUUUGUUACCUUUUCUUUGUGAUAUAUAUCGUGUAAUAAACAAUUCACCAAACAGAGUACUAGAGCUUUUGCAACCAUUCGCUUUCGAGCGUUUCAAAGUGGAGUUUGCUUUGCUGGCCUUUGUUUUUAAUUUAGUUCAUUCCUGGUAAAGUACUUGCAUUA